AUGCUGCUGCGUGUCUCGUUUGGCGGAGUGCAGAAGUACAUGAAGCUGCCUGAACUAACAUUCAGUGAUUUCUUGAGAGAAGUGAGUCUAAAAUUUAACAUUGCUGAAGACAGAUGGUUGGACAUCAAGGUUUAUGACCAGUCUAACACAGAGGUCGACUCUGAGGUUUUUGAGGAGAUCGUACAAGAGUUCCAUGGACCUUUCCUAAUUUCAUUGGCCAAUGAAGCACCUGGUUACCCUCAGUCCACGUCAUCUCCAUGCUCUAUUGCAUCUGAAGACACAGUGAUCCUCAACUUCUCGUUGUGUGACCCAGCUGAGGAGCCAGUUGCAGCCGAAGGAAGUCAACCUAAAAGGCCUUGCCGCACUAACUAUGAAGCAAAAGCUCUGAUUGAAAAAAUCUUGACGACAAAGCCUGGAGGUGACCGUGUCAUGGAGGAGUAUGCGAAAACUAAAUCAAUUACAGAUUCAACCAGAAGACAGCUCAUCAACAUACUUACUGCAGAGAUGACGGAAACACAUGGGACAUCGCCGCCCCGGAGUGUAAAAGUGAUGUAUGCACAGGGGAUUGUCGCUCUGUUUCCAUACCUUGAAGACCCAUAUUCACAGAAUGGCUAUGAACAUUACUACGAUCCUGAAAGUGGUUCAGGCUACAUUGCAUGGCGGUUGAAGACAAUUCAACGAAAAGCUGCUGAGGAAAGAGGUCCUGCAGUUAGUACAUCUCCUAAAGGUAAUAUUUAUCAUGAGGUAGUGGGCCAGGCCAUGGGCGUACUAGACCCUUUACUGCCGACAGAGUCCUGA